UAGGAAACGAACCAUCACCCUCAAACUUCUUUCGCGGCUCUCCAAUCGUGUUUGUAAAGCUAGAUAUCGUCCUACGAUUGAUUCUGUAAUGCUGCAUUAUCUUCUUAAAGUUAUUACAGCGAUAACCACGCAAUAAAGAGCAAAAAGAGGAAACUUAGACAAUCGAAAAAAAGGUUGAUGUCAACAGCGGGAAUGCGGAAAUGAAACGAUUGUUCUUCCUAGUGAAUUGCUACUUAUUCUUGGCGUUAUUAUUUCUCAAAAAUUGUCAAUCAAAACUUGAAACUUCAAGUAAUCACAAGCCCAGUGAAAGGAAUUUGAAAGAGUUAGCUAAGGAACUUGAAAAUAACUUCUUGAAUCUAUCAAAUCCAAUAAAAACGAAGCGUAAAGGACAAUUUCAGUUAAUGCCACCAAAGCUAGACAUCAUAUUUGCCUUGGACGCAAGUCGUGGAUCCUCAAAGGAUAUUUUUGAGUAUCAAAAGAAUCUUACCAAGGUGUUGAUCGAUAGCUUCAGCAUAUCACCUAGCAACGCAAGGGUUGCCAUAGUUUCCUGUUCAAGCAACUAUGUGCACUUUAAUUUUUUUCUCGAUGCUCAUGUCAACAAGGAAUGCUUAGUUGGUUUCAUUCCUACUUUGAGGUAUCUGAAACAAGAAAGAGCGCUAGGAAAAUGUCUACAGUCAAUUUACUGGCAAGCAUUUGUAAAAAGACAUGCUAUUCGGAAAGAAGCCAACAAAGUGCUGUUUAUCAUAUCAGCCGGGAAAUCAUCUGAUAUGACUUCAUCGGCUUCGUAUGUGAAGAAACUCGAGCGAAGAGGUGUGAAAAUAUACGGACUAAGUAUUGGUGCUGAUAAAAAUGGAUACAAGCAGGUCCAAGGUAUCGUGAGCCGUCCAAUCAGAGAGCACUUAUUUCAUGUUCCAAACCUGGUUGAUAUUCCUACGAUAAUCAAAUUAUUGAGUGGAAAAGGUUAUUAUUCGUCAAGUUGCAAAAAUGAUGGAAAACCGCUGUACGAUGAAUGUGGGCGCUUAUGCCAAUGCCAAAAUGGUCACGUGACAAACUGCACUCGAAUCCGUAAAUUCUACUCCACGAUGUCAGUUCAAGAGCGUUUUUUGUUCAUAUUUGCUUUCAGGAUCAUAACAACUCGGCCACAGUUUAAAAGACAAUUUAAAGAAUACGCAAACUCUUAUAGAAAUUACUUUUCCCGGUAUAUCCACACAAGAAGGUAUUUCUUACCAUGGCAUAGAGCUUUUCUCUUGAAAGUCGAGAAUCUGCUUCGCUCUGUCGAUUGCCGCAUUACUCUUCCGUAUUGGGACUGGACUCUAAUAUCCAAGUUUCCUCGGCCAAGUACAGCAAAUAUCGUGUGGGAAUCUUUACGUGGCUUCGGAGGAAAUGGGGUCGGCAAAGACAUGUGUGUUGAAAACGGUCCAUUUGGUAAAGAGAAGUGGAAUUUUGAGGGAAAAGACGUAUCUAAGGAAUGUCUGAAGAGGAAUUUUGCCAAAAAUACCAAACUUCCUGAUGCAUUGAUUAUUCGUUUAGCUCUUAAUACUUCAACGGAAGAUUUUAAAGAGUUUGAGUUUAUUCUCCGUUUAGGGUUCCACCACAGUGUGACAUGCGCAAUAGGAGGUACCAUGUGUUCUAAAGAUAAUAUCUGGAGCCCUGAGUACCUGAUUAUUGCAUCAUUUAUUGAUUCACUUUGGGGCAAGUGGCAGGACAAAGAGCGGGGACGUUGGCCUACUGGAUUUCAAGAUAUUUCAGAUAUCUUACCGGGGUUUUCCAUGUAUACCGGAGAGGUUCUUCAGCUGAAGAAACAGCCGGGUUGUGUACGAGUAAUGUACGAUGAACCAAAUAGUGAAGCUUUGCAAAAGAUCGAGGAUCUAUGGGGAGAUAUACGAAACAAGACUAACUCACAAUCGAGACAUAUUCAACGUGGUCCAUUGAUUUACUCUAAAAGGGCUGAAGAGCUGUAUGGAGGUCUUACUGAGGAAGAACGAUCCCAUCUUUCAAACCUUCCCUCUUAAUCAGGGGGCGAAGGAGAGAGAGGGAGUUUAACCGCUCCGUCAAAUUCUACUAAAAAUCGUAAAGUUUCCUUUUUUCCGAUCCCUAUUUUUUGGGCUGGAGGAAUUUUUGCGCUAAAUCUUGUUUGCUCCUCCAAUACUAUUACUUUUCUUAAGUCUGAAACAGCUUUCGCGUAAACAAAGUUUUUACACUGUGAAAGCCUUCUUCAUAAGAGGAAGAGGGAAAGGAAAUUGUUUGGUAAAUUUUUGCUUUACAGCACUAUUGAAUUGCUUACCGACAGAACAAUCUACUAGUAGCCACAUAGAAUUUCGUUGUGCAUGCAUUCGACGCCCCCAGGUUCCGGAGUCAGUCACCCUAGCUUCAUAGACAGUGAAGGCGGAACUUGAAAUCAACCCAAGUACACACGCUAUAACGUUUUACUUUUAUUCUGUGACACUUGCUCAGCUUGAAACGCAGCUUUCAAAUUUUGAGUGAAACAAUAUUUUGUGCAUGUGGAUUUAUAACCAUGACUAAAAUCGGUUCCUACUUCUAUGGCUUGUACCCAGCCUUUUUGAAAGUUUGAGUGUUAAGCAGCAUGCGCAGUUACUACUUUGACACAGUUUUAGUGUUACGCAUGCGCAGUUUCUACCAUGACAGUUUCAGCGUUACACAUGCGCAGUUUCUACUAUGACACAGUUUUAGUGUUACGCAUGCGCAGUUUCUACUAUGACACAGUUUUAGUGUUACGCAUGCGCAGUUUCUCCUAUGACACAGUUUUAGUGUUACGCAUGUACAGUUACUGCUACGACCUAGUUUGAUUGUUACGCAUGCGCAGUUAUAACUAUGACAGUUUGAGUAACGGCAAUCAAAUAUAAUUCACAUGAGAAUA